AAUCACCAAGCCUUUCUCUACUAUGAUCUAGGUCUUUUUUUAACGCGUGUGGUUGAGACUUUGUCUGUGAUUGGUUCCUUCCCAAAUCACCACUUCAGUCAGCAACCCGCAUACGUCGGCAGAAAUCCCGACUUUGCACCGAUCAUGCAACUCUCGUGUGGGUAGCCGGCAACCGACACGGCCAGUUACUACCCCGAUGCCUGACGGGCACGCCGACAUAUCUAACCGAGGAAACUUCUACACCGACAUCGUCAAUGCCGGCUCCGCCAACCUCCACCUCGACGUCGUCUGACAUUGAUCACCAUUUCCUUGAUUGCGACAAUGACGUCUUUUUGCGACGAUGCAGUCCCAAGAGAGGCUAUGAUGGACUACUUAAGAUCGUUGGGAAGCCAUCCAAUGAUAGUAUAUGGCAUCAAACAUUACAACUCAUGCAAAGAUUCUACUUGAUCACUCAAACAUUUGACAAUUAUACAUACACGCCUGCGAUUUCUAGACUCUGUCUACAAUCACACCUCACGGUUCAACCACAAUGCCAGAAAUCCUCAUUGGAGAGUACCUCUUCCUCCGGCUCAAACAGCUCGGCAUCGAGACUGUCUUUGGCGUUCCCGGUGAUUUUGAACUAGCCCUUCUCGAUCUCAUCGAACCUCUCGGCCUCUCCUGGGUCGGCGCACCGAACGAACUGAUCGGAGCCUACGCUGCCGAUGGUUAUGCGCGCCUCAAUGGACUUGGCGCUCUGGUGACCACAUUUGGUCCUGGAGAACUGAGUGCUCUGUGUGGUAUCGGAGGAUCAUACUGCGAGUCUGUUCCUGUCCUUCACAUUGUUGGAUAUCCCACCAUUCCAGCACAGAAGAGCGGAAAAAUCCUUCAUCAUACCUUGGGGGAUGGAAAGUUUGACCAUUACCAAAGGAUCUCCUCCGAGUUGUGUUGCGCAACUACCGUCCUUGACGACCCGACUACUGCUGCGGCUGAGAUCGACAGUGUUGUGAACGCAAUGAUUUUCCAUUCUAAACCUGGAUACAUUGGCAUCUCUGAAGAUAUUGCCUAUGCAAAGGUAUCCAGUGAGUAUCUUGGUACAAAACUCGCUCGAUGCUUGCCACCAAGUGCUCCAGAGUCUGAGGCUGCUGUCACCACCGAGAUAGUCAGCCAGCUAGAGUUGGCAAAAUCCCCAAUCUUGAUUGUGGAUGGCGGAGCUGCAAGGGCGAGCUGGGCUGAACAUGUCGAUCCUCUAAUCCAAGCCCUCAAAAUACCAUUUCUUGUGACUGGGUUGGGCAAGGGUGUUGCUGAUGAGAUGAGCCCUUACUACCAGGGCUGUUAUGCUGGUGAAGGGUCGUGGCCGAGGAGUGUUACUGGACUUGUGCAAGAGGCAGACUGCAUCUUGUGGCUGGGGAACUACCCUUCUGAUUUCAACACGGGUAUCUUCACCGAAAAGCUCGACCAAUGCACCAUCAUCGAUCUUCAACGAUUCUUUGUCAAUAUUGGGGCGACCAAAUACGACGCUAGAAUCAAUCAUGUUCUGCCCAAGCUCAUUUCAGCCCUAUCUUCGCACUACCCGUUGGCCCAGCGCACGAAACAAAAUCCCCAGGUCGAUCAACAACUCUCUCUCCCAGCAAGUAACAAGAUAGAGCAAGACUGGCUCUGGUCCCGCCUCACCUCCUACCUCCGGCCAGGUGAUCUCGUCAUCACCGAAACCGGCACCGCUCAGGUCGGCACCACCGCCACCCGUUUCCCUUCUGGGUGUCACGGCUGGACACAAUCCGUCUACGGCAGCAUAGGCUACGCAGCUGGGGCUGCGGCCGGUGCCGCCAUUGCUGCCAAGGAGACAGGCAAAUACAAGCGACUGGUGCUGGUGACAGGGGAGGGGAGCCUGCAACUUACGGUGCAGGCUUUCUCUAUGCUCACAAGAUAUGGGAUUGUCUCGGUGGUGUUUGCGCUGAAUAACUCCGGGUACACCAUUGAGCGCUACUUUCGCGGGUGGGACGCAAAGUAUAACGACAUCCCCAUGUGGGACUAUGCCGCUCUGUUCAAGGCUUUUGCGCCGGAUGUUGAGCCGCGGGUCAAGGGGUACAAAGUCACAACGGCGGAGGAAUUAGAUGAGCUACUGAGUGAUGGGGAAUUUUGUGACUCGGUGGUGCCGCAGUGUGUGGACAUGAUUAUGGACCCGAAGGAUGCACCGGAGGCGAUGAGGGCGGUUUUCGAGGAGAAGAAUGCCAUGUGAGUUGGCGGAAUAUGGUUAGGAGGUUCUUGAUUCAUGUAUCUGCUGUGGGAUCUGGAUAGACUUUCAAGUUGGUGCUAUGGGUUGGGCCUGAUGUUUGUUGCCCUCUCAUGUAUCUGGGCAGAAGGUCCUUGAAAUGUAUAGCAUAUCUCCUGAGACAUUAUGAAACUUUGCUCAUGCGUAACGCAGCAGCUGAUAACAGCUCGAAUGUAAAUUGGCAGUCA